AUGACAGCCAUCCUGGAGCGGAUCAGCACGCUUUCCCUCAGUGGGCAGCACCUCAGCCGGCUGCCCCGGCUGCUGGAGGAUGGCUUCCCCAAGAUGCCUUGCACGGUCAAGGAGUGUGAGGUGCCACAGCUCUUCCGCGAGCCGGGCUACCGUCCCACCGGCCAGGACUGGCGCUACUACUUCCUCAGCCUCUUCCAGAAGCACAACGAGGUGGUCAAUGUAUGGACUCACCUCCUGGCAGCACUGGCUGUGCUGCUGAGAUUCAAGACGUUUGUGGAAGCUGAGCAGUUACCCAUGGACGCGUGGUCCUUGCCUUUGCUCAUCUUUGUCCUCUCCUCUGUCACCUACCUGACCUGCAGUCUCUUGGCCCACCUGCUGCAGUCCAAAUCAGAGCUGUACCACUACACAUUCUACUUUGUGGACUAUGUUGGAGUCAGCAUCUACCAGUAUGGCAGUGCCCUGGCUCAUUUCUACUACAGCUCUGACCAGGCCUGGUAUGACAAGUUCUGGCUUUUCUUCCUGCCUGCUGCAGCUUUCUGCGGCUGGUUGUCCUGUGCCGGCUGCUGCUAUGCCAAAUAUCGGUACCGACGGCCUUACCCCAUCAUGAGGAAGAUGUGCCAGGUGAUCCCAGCUGGGCUGGCAUUCAUCUUGGAUAUCAGUCCUGUUGCUCACCGGGUGGUUGUGUGUCACCUGGGGGGCUGUGAGGAAGAUGCUGCCUGGUACCACACAUACCAGAUACUGUUUUUCCUUAUCAGUGCUUAUUUCUUCUCCUGCCCUGUCCCUGAGAAGUACUUCCCUGGCUCCUGUGAUAUCAUUGGCCAUGCCCACCAGAUCUUCCACACCUUCCUGGCCAUCUGCACCCUAUCACAGCUGGAGGCCAUUCUUCUGGAUUACAAGAACAGGCAGGAGAUUUUCCUGAAGAGACAUGGGCCUUUCACUGUUUAUCUCUCCUGCAUCUCUUUUUUUGGCUUGGUGGCUUGUAGUGCCAUCACAGCUUACAUCCUGCGGUGCAGGAUCAAGGCCAGCCUGGCUAAGAAGGACUCCUGAGAGUCACAGAUGUGACAGGCAUGACAUCACCAGUGAAAAUCA